AUGCGCUCCAAGUUCAAGGACGAGCACCCGUUCGAGAAGCGCAAGGCCGAGGCCGAGCGCAUUCGCCAGAAGUACAACGACCGCAUUCCCGUAAUCUGCGAGAAGGUCGAGAAAUCAGACAUCGCAACCAUCGACAAGAAGAAGUACCUGGUUCCUGCGGAUCUUACCGUCGGCCAGUUCGUCUACGUGAUCCGCAAGCGCAUCAAGCUGUCGCCCGAGAAGGCCAUCUUCAUCUUCGUCGAUGAGGUUCUGCCGCCUACAGCUGCUCUUAUGAGCUCGAUAUACGAAGAGCACAAGGAUGAGGAUGGUUUCCUCUACAUUACCUACUCAGGCGAGAACACCUUCGGUGAGGCGAUCUAA